ACACUAAUAAUCGAAAAAGAAAAAACCUCCCUAAGAAAAGGAGGAAUAAUCAUACAUAAAUUUUGGAUUUCGCACGUAGCCACGCACAGAGGACAAAACACAAAGGAGAGAAAGAAGAAGAGGAAACACGAAAGAGAAGGGACCUUAAGUUUCGAGAUCUUGUCAGAUCGGAACGCAACUGCAACGGACACCCAGAUUCUGCACCAUGGGAAGGGAAGUUACUGGCUUACAGGUUAUGGACAAGAAGCCAAAUGGUUCCAUAGCAGCUUCAAAUGGUAGUUUAAGUGAUAGAAUGCGUGUUUCUCCCAAAAUUGCGGCAAUGGUUCAAGCAAUGGAUCAUGAUAUAAAGGAAUCUACGGAAGCUAAUCCUUUGGAGAAACAUCACGAGAGGAAAGAUGUUUCAACUGGCAAAAGCACAAAAUUAAAUGUUGUCUUGCCAGAAGAGAAGAAGAGUGAGAAAUCUGAAAUACAGAAGAUGGAUGAUAAUAAAGAUUUGAGUUCUCCUGUUGUGGAUAAAGAGCUCCCAAGCCCGUCUGCUCCACAACCAUCUGAUCAUGUAACUGAAAAGCAUGUCACCCAUGCACCUGCUGCCCAUACUGAAGCUGCUGCAACUGGUCUGAACUUGUCUCCUAAAGCUAACAAUAUUCAUUCCCCUAAUUCCUCUAAGAAUUCACAGCCAAGCUCACCUUUUUCACCAAGGAAGUCCUUGCAUUAUGAUGAUAAGAAGCACCUGGACGAUGAAGACAAUUGGUCUGUUACUUCCUCUAGCGUUGCAUCUGCACGCACUGCCAAAUGUAAGGUAACUGUUGGUUCAGCCCCUAACUUUAGAUGCUCGGACCGUGCAGAGAAACGGAGAGAGUUUUAUAUGAAGUUAGAGGAGAAGCAUCGAGCUCUUGAAGAAGAAAAAAGCCAGUAUGAGGCAAGGAAAAAGGAAGAGGAUGAUGCUGCCAUCAAACAGUUGAGAAAGAACCUGGUCAUUAAGGCAAAACCAGUACCAAGCUUCUACUAUGAGGGACCACCCCCCAGGACUGAACUCAAGAAGCUCCCACUGACCCGCCCCAAGUCACCAAAACUCUCCCGGAGAAAGAGCUGUGGUGAUGCUGCCAAUGUACCGACUACACACAUUUGUACUAUAGGACGGCGCAGUGUCGACAUGAACACGAAACAUCAUAACCCUGCCACUCACAAAACUAAGGACCCUGUCACUGGACGGAAGAGCAAUGGCAAUUUGAAAAGCAAAGAACGACCAAAACUGGAUAAGGAAACAGCUCCUAAAAUCAGAGAGCAGACAAAUGCGGACAUAUCAGUCCAAUCAUGAGCUUCCCAAGAUUUUACUGACCUCCAGCUGAGAGGAAAAUGGCCUUCAUUUUCCUUUGUCACACCAUAUGGAUAAUCUGCAGAAAAGAUGGCCUAAUUUUCUUUUCAUCCGGACUGACAUUUUCAUGUGGUUUGUUUUUACUUGAAGUGUAUAUGUUUUGUAAGUUAUAUCAGCACACAUUGUUUUAUAUAUAUAAAUAGUUAUUGAUGUAAGAUGUAUGUACGAAAUUUGAUAUUCCUCAGAUUGCACAACCAGACUUGGUAAGGGAAAUUUUAUGAAAUAUAUUACUUUUUUUUUUUUGUAGGAUGUAA